GCUGCAAUUACCACUCACCUUUGAAUUUAAACUUUUCCUUUUCUCACCCUACCAGUCUCUCUAUAACGAUCAAAUAAAACCCACCGUCCACCGCCGUCAGCCGCAACCCUGCACCGUCACUUCCACCUCCCUCAUGGCCCAUCACUUUCCUCAGGAAAUGAAGGAGUAUUUCAUAUUUGGUUCGCGGGACAUGGUACUGAUUCCCGUUGCACAAUUCCGAAGAAAAUGUGAACAAGUUUUUGGUUUCUCAUCUUCAAGAACAGCGUAUCACCAUUCUUCGCCUGUGGCAGCUUCUGAUUGUUAGAAAAAUGGAGUGUGGAACAUUGUGUACUCUAGCAGAUAGAAGAAGCUUAUUCUAUCCAAACAGAAACCACUAGAAUGCUCAGAAGAGUGAAAUUCUAAACAAGAAAUGGUGGAUAAAAUGGAGGGAACAGAAUGUGCGUUAGUCGAAUUAAUAGAGGAAGGGAGGAGAGAUAGUAGCUCAAGCUAUGGAUUUGGGGCGUCUGCUGCAGAUAAUGUUGCAGAGCAGAGUCAUGCUUGCAGCUCACAGGACUGCUCAUCAACUCCUUCUACUUCCACCUCUUCGCCUUUUCCUUCACCCGCUGCUAUCAAUCAACAACCAUUCUUACAUGUUCAUAGCAGUUUGGGAAACCAUUCUUCUUUCAUGCCAGAAAUGGAGAUGAUGAAAGAGAGAUUUGCGAAGCUGCUGCUUGGCGAAGACAUGUCUGGCUCUGGUAAAGGUGUUAGCACGGCGUUGGCUAUUUCAAAUGCUAUUACGAAUUUAUGUGCCACAUUAUUUGGGCAACUAUGGAGAUUGGAACCUGUGCUGCCUGAAAAGAAAGCAAUGUGGAGAAGAGAGAUGGAAUGGCUUCUCUGUGUUGGUGAUCACAUCGUUGAAUUAAUUCCCACUUGGCAAACAUUUCCUGACGGAAGCAAACUAGAGGUUAUGACCUGCAGGCCACGAUCAGAUCUUUGUAUUAAUCUCCCAGCCCUCAGAAAGCUUGACAAUAUGCUUAUUGAAAUACUGGACAGCUUUCACUGCACAGAGUUUUUCUGGUACGUGGACCAAGGAACUGUUACUGCAGAAACGGAUGGAUCAUCCUCCUUCAGAAGACAGCUCCAGCGGCAAGAAGAAAAAUGGUGGUUGCCUGUCCCUCGUGUGCCUUCUGGUGGUCUACAUGACGACAUAAGGAAGCAGUUGCAGCAUAAACGCGAUUGUGCGAACCAGAUCCUGAAGGCUGCUAUGGCCAUAAAUAGCAUUGUAUUAACUGAUAUGGAUGUUCCAGAUUCCUAUUUGGAAAGUCUUCCAAAGAACGGAAGAGCCAGCUUGGGUGAUCUUAUUUACCGCUACAUUUGCUCGGACCAGUUUUCCCCAGAAUGCCUGCUAGACUGCCUUGACAUGUCAUCUGAACACCAAACUAUUGAGAUAGCCAAUCGAGUGGAAGCCUCAAUCUACUUAUGGCGGCAGAAGGGUAGCUUAAAACACAAUAACAGCUCCAAGAGAUCUACCUCAAAGUCAUCUUGGGAAAUGGUGAAGGAUUUAAUGGUUGAUUUUGAGAAACGGGAACUGUUGGCAGAUAGAGCAGAGAGCCUUCUGAUUUGCUUGAAACAACGAUUUCCUGGUCUUCCUCAGACAGCAUUAGACAUGAGCAAAAUUCAACAUAACAAGGAUGUUGGAAAGUCGAUCCUUGAGAGCUACUCAAGGGUGCUGGAGAGCUUGGCCUUCAACAUUAUUGCGAGAAUAGAUGAUGUAUUCUAUGUGGAUGACUUGGCAAAACAUUCAGAUCAUUGUUCACCAAUCUCCAAAUUCAGCAUCAUCGCUCAUAAAACAGCGAUGAUUCCAAGCAGAGUCCCCACGUCGGUAACUCCAUAUAAGACAGCAUUUACAACGCCUAACUUUUCACCAGGAAAGCGAGAACGGGAAAAAUCACCACUGAGAUCUCCAUUCCUUAGCAGUAGUGGCAAGAUUAUUAACCGUGGGUUGGAGGUACAAAACGUGCUUACAGACUACAACUACCUUAAUGUUGACUGUAAAGUCGGUGAAGGUGGAAAUACUUGCCAGGACUCGGACACAGUAGCAUAUACUAUCAGCAAAGCAGCAGCUACAUUAGAGGAGCUUAGACCGCUUAGCAAUGGCAAAUAAGCUGUCAGUCCAAUAGUAGAACACAACAUUUAAUGAAAAUAGUCCCUUAUUUUGGCCAAUUUGCGAUCUCAGUAUAUCGUGUAAUACUUCAUGCAGAAGAUCAGGGAAUCUGAGUGACAUUGUUUACACAGAAUCAUGUCCGAUCAGUUCAGGCGAGGUUUUGGAUAAUAUUCACUGUAAGUACUUUCAGAUUGCGUUUUUUACCCGUUUAAGUAUUGAAAUUCUCAUAUUGUUGAAAAUUGAACUAAAUUACAAUGUGCAACAUGUGCAAAAUACAGGGGGGGAAAUUUGUAAAAAUGUAUCUUAAUUAGGACUCAAUUUGUGUACUAGUAUUUCAUUUGAUUUUUAUACAAUGUUCUUUUUGCA